CGAGGAGUCCACAACAACUCCAAGCGGCAACCGGGUCCAACCUCAUUCUUUCAGCCAAAGCUCUGCGCAACGGUAGCCAGUCGCCAUCCGCAAGAAAAGAGCCCUCGACAGCCACUCCCCCUGACCGGUAUGACCAGACAUGCUACCUUGCAAUGCCGGGCUUUGCCCUUCUCGGGAGGUCCAUCGACUGCGGAGCCUUUGUCAUUGGGCUUUCACAGCCUCCCCCCUAAUGUAUGAAUGUACACAGUAGACGAAGAGGGUUGGACCCCUCCUGGCCAGCGCCCCUGGACCAUGCCCCAGUGCUCGGUCACGAUCCCAGUUCUUCUGUCCGAGCUGAGUGGCAUGUUUGUAGGCUGACUGGCUCUCGUGGUUGCCGGGGUAUAUCAGCAAGUGCUAACCCCCCUUCUCUCUUUUCCUCUCUUUCUGUCCUAUCAUCCUCGCAGUCUUCAACGCUUUCUUUCUUCCUUUUUCCGUGUGACGAACAGAGGCAAAGUCAUUCGCUUCUUUGCUUCGACCUUUUCUUUCUUCACCUUUCGUUGCUUCACACUUUUGGCAAGACAAAGACCAGUGCUCGGUCAAGCCACUCUUCAUUGAAAGGCGCCAGUUCCGUCGUUAUAUUCAAGACAACUCACCCAGUCCAUCGUUCUUGCGUCACCCAUCGAUUCAAAAGCAGCAACACUAAGAUGAAGAACUUCGUUCCCAUUCUGGGACUCGCCGCCGGCGUGUCGGCGACGCAGUUCAACCUGGCUCCUCCUUUCACCUGCCCGGGCAACACCGACAACAAGUGUACCGACAAGCAGGCGUCCGGCUUCAGCUUCGGCGACCUCGGUCUCGGCCCCUUCAGCGAGUACGGCGGCUUCGUUUUCAACGGCUGGCAGUGCGAGGCUGGCUUCCAGAAGAGGGGCCGCCAUGUCGCUCGCACCUCCUCCAAGGUCAUCGGUGGCUCCUGCUCUUCGGACAAGAGCAGCUCGCCGUCGUUCGGCUGCGGCUCUUCCAUCGACAAGUUCACUCUGGGCUCCAUCCACGUGAUUCCCGAGUUCGACUGCGAUCUCGAGUUCCACUAUGACAUGCCUGACGGCUCGACCUGCAAGCAGCGGAGCGCCUGCAAACACUCUGGCACCACUGUUCCCAACACGCAGUGUGGUGGUGCCAAGAACGUGACCAUCGUGUACCCUCACCAGCCUGGCAAGCCCAAGUCGACCUGCAGCGUCCAGGUCCCCACCAUCUCGUUCGACUGCAGCACUGCUUCCAGCACCAAGCCCCCCAAGACCACGAAGCAUGCUACCACCACUGCCCCUCCUGCUGCCGGCACCACCUCCGCCUCGGAGACGGGCAACUCGCCGACGAGCGUGGCUCCGCCCGCCGAGACCAGCACCCCCUCCACUGCUGCCCCUGGUGCAAGCGGCUCGUCCACGUCCCCUGCUGCGACCGGCACUCCCACUACCGUUCCUUCCGGCCAGCAGAGCAGCGGUUCCCCUAGCGAGACUCCCGCUACGAGCUCUGCCGUCACCAAGACCAUCACCACCAGCUACGACAGCACCUCGACCAUCUUCACCACCAGCACUCAGACCAUCACCCAGUGCGCCUCGACCGUCACGAACUGCCCGGCCCACUCGGUGACGACCACCGUGGUCACCAUUGCCGUCUCGACCACCAUCUGCCCCGUGACGGAGACCCGGACCACCGUCGAGACCAGCGCCGCCCCCAGCACCGCUGCCAGCUCGCCCGCCGAGGCUGUCACGAGCUCGUCCCCUGUCGCUGCUGGCGGCAGCACCACCACUGCUGCCGUCUCCUCGGCCUCGCCCGUCGAGACCCUCCCCUGCCCCAGCGUGGUCCCGUCCUGCCUGAACACCUUCCUGUUCUUGGUCAGCUGCGCUGACAACACCGACGCCGCCUGCUACUGCCCAAAUGCCACCUUCGUCAAGAACGUCUUCGACUGCCUGUACGCCCACGGCGAGACCGACCAGAUCAUCGCCGAGGCCGUCGCCUACUUCCAGGGCAUCUGCGGCCAGUACGUGAGCCAGAACCCGGGCAUCGCCACCGGCGCCACCGUCACCACCUACAUCAGCGCCACCGCCGCGCCCACCAUCGCCCCCGUCUACACCACCGUCACCGUGGACGUCACCACCGUCGUGCCCUGCACCAACUCGGCCGGUGAGGUCAUCCCGAGCUCCAGCAGCACCGUCACCGUCAGCACCAGCAUGACGGUGCCGCAGGUCGGCUUCACCACCGGCCCGUCCGGCGGCGUCGGCGUCGUCCCCGUCACGAGCUCCUCCGCCGCCGCCGCCACCACCGCCCCGGUCGCCGCCACCACCGCGCCCGCCAGCGGUUCUGGCAGCGGCUCUGGCAGCGGUUCGGGCAGCGGCUCGGGCAGCGGCUCUGGCAGUGGUUCCGGCAGCGGCUCGGGCAGCGGUUCCGGCAGCGGCGCCGGCAGUGGUGCCGGCAGCGGUUCCGGCAGCUCGGUCGUGGUCCCCACCGGCACGGGCUCGCUGCGCCCCCCGACCACCAGCAGCCCCGUCGUCAUCGCCGGCAGCGGCCGCGUCGGCGCCAGCUUCGGCCUGAUCGCCGCCGCCGUGCUGGCUGCGCUUGCUCUCUGAUCAAAUCAGGCGCACGCGUCCCCUCAAAAGGCCCCUUUCCUGUUUCUUUUA